AAUCGAUUCAUGUACUCCGACGGCGGAGCAAAUACGUGGGAGCAGCUGAGACUCUCUGGAGAAGCGCCGAUUAAAGAACUGGUAGGUCAGCUGGGUGCAGGCCCCAAACCGCCCCUGAGCCUACUAGGGUUCCAGAUGUUGGGUCAGCAGAGAAUCGAAUAUCGCCAACGGUACAGGGAAUACUGGAAUUCCACGAUCGAACAGACCGGAACUGGAAGGGCCGCAGAUGCGUUCAUCAUGCCAGUUGCUCCCCACGCCGCCGUGAUCCCGGGUAAUUAUUACUACUACGGCUACUCCGACGUCAUCAACUUGCUCGACUACACCAGCAUCGUCAUUCCUGUCACCAAAGCAGACAGAAGCUUAGACGAAGCUGAAAAGCACUACAUUCCGUUGAAUAAAACGGACAAGAUGAACUGGGAAGCAUACAAUGCGGACGCGUACGAUGGAGCACCAGUAGGCAUCCAGAUCGUCGCACGGCAAUUCCAAGAAGAAAGGUGCCUCAGACUCGCCGGAGAGAUUGUUGCAGCCCUCAAAGCCGAGAAUAUUGAUUGCUUCGCCGUCGUGCCCGAAAUGGCCAAUCCAGGGUGA